AUGUUCCCUGCGGGACCCCUCAUCGUUGUGUUGCAUCAUGAGGUCAUUUUCGGCCUGGGUUUCCUAGUAUACUUUGCAGGCUGGUCCACGAAGGAGACGAUGCCCAUAUACAAUACCACGGUUGACAUUAUUGAAAUGUCACCGGUUGACUUCUGCAAUCCCGUACAGGCUCUCUAUCAGAUGUCCUACUAUCGGAUAGGACGGGGAAACAAAACCAACCGGGGGUGUGAAUACGAGAUCUGGAACAAUACCUCAAAACAUGACCAAUGCUUACCGGCCAAGGUGAUGUCGAUGGCUUGCUAG